CUUUUCCUUUUUGACUUUGGAUUUCUGUAUCUACUCUCGGGCUUGAGUCAAAUUAAUCGCUUGGAAGAGCAACAUACACCAUAUUCCCGAGCAUGACGGGCAAAAUAACUGGCCCCGGCAGUGGGGAUCGGGUUCUUGCCGCUCCCGGAAGCAGUCGUCACGUCCACGACGAGACAACACCACUACUGAGCGAAUCCCCCCUCGAAGCCAACAAACCCACCAACGAGGCCGUCAGACACGGCGACGAUGCCGACAUUUUCGAUGAUGGCGAAACUACCGUCGUGGCCGAUGAUUACAGCCCCGGUGAUGGCGAAAUCUCUGUCGUGGCCAAUGACUACAGCACCGGUGAUGGCGAAAUUACCGUCGUGGCCGAUGAACUCUCUACCACUCGUCUGGUCGUAAUCUUCGGCACAACCUGGGUGGGCGUCUUCCUCGGUGCCAUUGACGCUAGCAUCAUCGCCACACUGUCGGCCCCCAUCGCGAGCGAGUUCCAGUCCCUUAGCUUGUUGUCCUGGAUAGCCACUGCGUAUCUCAUUGCCAAUGCAGCCUGCCAGCCCUUGUCCGGUCGUAUGACUGACAUCUUUGGACGGGGUCCUGGUUUGGUUUUUAGCAAUGUUUUGUUCUCGCUAGGCAACCUGAUUUGCGGUGUUGCUAAGGAUGAGCAGACGAUGAUUCUCGGCCGCGUCGUUGCGGGUAUUGGUGGCGGAGGACUGAUGAGCAUCAGCACCUUCUUGGGAUCGGAUUUGGUUCCUUUGAGGAAGAGAGGUGUGGUCCAGGGGUUGGGUAAUAUUUUCUAUGGAGCCGGUGCCAUGCUAGGCGGCGUUUUUGGCGGCUUCCUUAACGACACCUCAUCUUGGGGCUGGCGCCUUGCUUUCCUCGUCCAAGUCCCCGUCAGUCUCGUCUCGGCUGUGCUCGUCUACUUCCUCGUCAAGGUUCCUCCAAAAGUCUCCAACAAGUCGCUCGUUUCGCGCAUCGACUUUCUGGGCUCCUUUUAUAUCAUCGCCUUCCUCAUCCUCCUCCUUCUGGGUCUCAACGCCGGCGGCAACGUCGUCCCCUGGACGCACCCGCUUGUCCUGAUCAGCAUCCCUCUAUCCCUCAACAUGCUUGCCGGCUUCAUCUACUGGGAGUCCCGCCCGCGCAACACCCAACCUGUCAUCCCCGUCCGGCUGCUCACCCACCGCACCGUCUUGACCGCCUGCGUCACCAAUUUCAUGUGCACCAUGGUUACUCUCUUGCUCACCUUUUACAUUCCCAUCUACCUGAUCGUCCUGGGCCACACCCCCACCCAAGCCGGGCUCCGUUUGCUCGCUUCCCCGUUGGCCAUCUGCUUCACCAGCUUCGGUUCGGGCCUAGUCAUGAAGUACACGGGCAAGUACAAGAUACUGGGCAUCGCCCUAGUCUCAACUCUUGUUCUGGGGGUUGCCGCCCUCACCACUCUGGGCCAGAACUCUCCCGGCUGGAUUGUCUUUGUUGCCCUGUUUAUGAUUGGAGGCGGCUAUGGCGGCAUGUUGACCGUCACCAUGGUCGCCUGCAUUGCGGCCGUGGAUCACUCGCAACAGGCCGUGAUCACCAGUGCUACGUACGCUUUCCGGUCUGUCGGUGCGACGGUAGGUAUUACGGUUGGAUCGGCGGUGUACCAGAAUAUCCUGAAGACGGAGCUGUGGGCUCGGUUCGGUGAUUGGCCGGGCGCGGCCGAGGAGAUUGGCAGGAUAAGAGACGAUUUGGGCGAGCUGAACAGAUUGCCUCUGGCGUGGAGAGAGGGCGUGAUGGAGUCGUUCAUGACGGCGUUUAGGGGCGUGUGGUUCACGGCGCUGGGGAUGGCGGCUGUAGGGUUGGUAGCUGUUUCGUUGAUGAGGCAGCAUAAGCUGCAUUUGACGCUCACGAGACAGGAGGAUUGAGGGAGUUUGGGAGUUCAGAGCUUUUCAGAUCUAGGGAGUUGUCUUAGUGAUGGAUAUGGAUAUGCUAUGCUAGAACAGUUGAUCGAGCUUGGGUGCGUGGGAACCUCGCUUGGUAAGGAAAAAGU